CACGCUCCUGGAACGUCACCCUUAAGGAGCGCGCAAGAUGAAGCCUCCACCAGAAAGGUCUGGAAUCACUUUUGAGGUUGGAGCUCAGCUUGAGGCCCGAGACCGCCACAAAAACUGGUACACAGCCUCUAUAGAGAAAAUUGACUAUGAGAAAGAACAGGUUCUGAUUCAUUAUCGCCAGUGGAGCCGUCGCCAUGACGAGUGGUUUCCAUGGAACUCACCCUACUUGCGUCCACUGGAACGAAUUAGCUUGAGGAAGCAGGGACUGAAGCAGUCACGACCACAGCCGAUGUUUGGGUCUGGUACCAAGGUUCUGGCCUGUUGGACAGACUGUCGUUUCUACCCAGCAAAAGUCAUCAGAGUAAACAAGGACGACUCCUACACAGUGCGAUUCUAUGAUGGCGUUGUUAUGACUGUGAAGCCUACUAAGAUCAAACCCUUCAAGGAAAAGCGGAAGACCAGGCCUGAAAAGAGUGUAGCGGGGAGCGAGGGAUGGGAGGAGGGAGAGAGCGAAGAAGAGGAGGGUGCAGAGAGAGAGGAGGAGAAGAGCGAGAACAUGUCAGCGGAGGAGGAGGAGGAGGAGCGGAAGAGGAAGGCAGAGCCUUCACCGUCCGAUCCUCCGGCCAAGAAGAAGACAGACGAAAGAAGUUCUGUGACCUCUGACCCACCGCUCAUGUCAAGCAACAUUAACGAUACCCAAAAUCAGCCAACCACUGUCCAGCCUGAUCUACCAAGCUCCGCCUUACCAGACAGAGAUGUUCUAUUGGAGCGACAGGCUCACCUGCCCACAACGCACAAAUACAGUAGAGAACCAUUGUACAGGGUGAUAAAGAACCAGCCUCCCCCUAUCCUCUCCAUUGAGUUGGACCACAAUCCAUUUAAAUGUCCUGCGCCGGGCUGUACCAAGUCUUACAGAAAGGGGAGUCUGCUGCACUACCACAUCAAGUACUACCACUCUGACCAGCAGCUGGAGGAGCAAUGCAGCGAGCAAGAGACGUCAAAGAGGCAGUCCUUGUUAGAGGGGCAGGACCUCCCUUUGGAGAGGAGGAAGGAGAACCAGAAUAACAUUGCUAUGAAAACAGGAGUGAAGAAGGAAGGAGGGAAGGAGAGGAGGAACUUCCUAAGAAUCAAACUGAAGAAGAAAAAGAAGAAGAAGAAGAAGAGAAGUAUCUCAGGUCAUUGUAGCAGUGAUGAUGAGAGCCCCACACACAGACCUCCCAUAACUCUGAAACUGUCAGCUAGAUACAACACACACACACAGGAUGAGGGCAGUGAUUGGUCAACAGUGACAGCGGAGAGUGAGGAGGACAUGGCCUAUUGGCCGCUUUCCACAGAGACGGAGGAUUGUGAGGUGGUGAGAUGUGUGUGUGAGGUGGACGAGGAAAAUGACUUCAUGAUUCAGUGUGAGUUGUGUCAGUUCUGGCAGCAUGGGACCUGCAUGGGUCUGUAUGAGGACAAUGUUCCACACAGCUACAUCUGCUACUGCUGCAGAAACACUACAGGCUGGAGGCGGGCCCAGUAUUCUCUGACAGAUCCUGAUUGGUUGACGUCAGGUCAUAUGUUUGGCCUGUCGUGUGUAAGAGAGAACUACUCUGAGGUCAACGCCUCCAAGAUCUCACACACCAGACACCUCCUGGCACACACCGAGGGCCUCAACCAGGUCCUCAGAGGACUCCAGCUGAAAAUCAGCAUCUUACACGCUAUCUCCCACCCUGACCUGCAAAUGUGGCGGUUGCCAUGGAGACAUGAGGUGGAGCCAGCAGCCCCAGCCAAUCAGGGACGAGAAGCUGCUGGGAGGACCAAUGGCACGCCUCCAGUCUGUUAUGUCAGCAGUGAGCAUUGCUACCAGAGGACUGGAGCAUCAUGGGUAAAAGAAGAAGAGAACGAUAAUGAAUCACAGACAACUGGACCUGACCAGAACCCAGACAGGAAGGUAGAAACACCAGGAGGCCUUGACAAGACAUACCACAUUCAGACAGACACAGUUAAACACAACACAGGCACACUCAGUCACACCAACACAGACACUGAAACAAACACAGAUACACAUACUGACAAAGUCACAGACACAGUCAUUCCUGUGCACAUAAAAACAGAAACCUUGACAGACACUGACCAACACACUGACACAUACACUGAAAAAUCUACUCACUCACUCUGUAGUCCAGCCCGAGCCUCGGUGGUGGAGUGUCAGCUGAACCUACUAGCACACAUAGAGACACUUCACAACCAGAUUACAACCAGGAUGGAUCUAGUAGAGAGAGAACUAGAUGUUUUGGAGUCGUGGUUGGACCACUCCGGGGAGCUGGAGCCUCCUGAUCCUUUGUCCCGCCUCCCGCAGCUCAAGCAGCGAAUCAGACAGCUGCUGUGUGACCUGGGCAUUGUAAGGCGCUUGUCAGUCUGCUGGUAAAUCCACUCCUUGAACUUUGACCUGUGCUCUUUCACCUUAUAACUGCUGGACCCCUCAGUGAGCUGAUGAGACCAGCGUCCUAGAACGCACACUUAGAGCACAAAUGCUGUUGGUCCAUAGCGAGAAAAUAGUGAGCCAAUGUCUUUCCAGUGGCUAAGGGCAUGUAGACCAAUGGCUAAGGGCAUGUAGACCAACGGGACUUUGACCUGCAACCCAGUUUUCCCAUUUCACCAACAAAGUCCUUCUUCUUUUGGAAAACUCCUUUUGGAUCGCCCCCCUGCUGGUGAAAAGGAAACUUUCCAACAACAAUCUGCCCUUUAUCCUUCAAUAAGGAUCAAAUCAAGAGGACAUACAGACAGAGCUUGUGACUAUGAAAGGAUUUUAGCUGGUUUUGGGGGAACCACCAGACUUGCUUUGUGAUAUUGGGCUACACAAAUAAAAUGGACUUGACUUGAUUUGACUUGCUUAGUUUCACGAGCUGUGAGUGGCUUGUUGACACCAAGUUAAAAUCAUCAGUAGUAUUUCUUGUUUCGUAUUUCUCGUUUCUUCUGUUCCUUGGGGAUUUGAAUAGUACCAGGUCUUUAAAUAGAAUAUUGCUAGUUUUCUACUUUUCCAGAUUAUGACCUCUGCUUCUAACUUUUUCUUAUGAUGUACAUUGUUGUCACUGUAUUAACAAAAAAAUUACUGUACAGCUUUUGUAAAAUAGUAUUUUUCGGAUAUUUCUGCUUUUUCAGGCUGUGAGAAGCGACGGUACAGACAGAGUGGAGGUUGCAGUGGCUUUAAUAACAAAUUCCACCCCUACAUUUUCUUUUUAGGGGGUUAGCUUAAAGCGUAGUUCUCUUUUCUGUCAAAGCAGUGUGGAAAACUUCUAGAAAUAUGUUUUGAAAGGAUAUUCAAUUAGCAAAAAAAAUAGCUUCUUAAAGUAUUCACCACUCUUUUGGAUGUAGGGACACAUUUUGAAAAUAUUUGUUUGGAUUUUAUUUUUGUUUGGUAGCAUAUUUUUACCUUUCAACUGAUCUAGUAGCACAUUAAAAUUCGCACUCAGUCCAGUGGUUUACUAUGUUUUUUUUUUUUGUUUUUUUUUCUCUUCCCUUUUUCUCCCCAAUUGUACUUGACCAAUUACCCCACUCUUCCGGGCUGUCCCGGUCGCUGCGCCACCACCCUCUGCCGAUCCGGAAGGGCUGCAGACUAUACCACAUGCCUCCUCCGAUACAUGUGGAGUCACCAGCCACUUCUUUUCACCUGACAGUGAGGAGUUUCACCAGGGGGACCUAGCGCGUGAGAGGAUCAUGCUAUUCCCCCCAGUUCCCCCUCCCCCCUGAACAGGCGCCCCGACCGACCAGAGGAGGCGCUAGUGCAGCGACCAGGACAAAUACCCACAUCCGGCUUCCCACCCACAGGCACAGCCAAUUGUGUCUGUAGGGAAGCCCGACCAAGCCGGAGGUAACACGGGGAUUCGAACCGGCCAUCCCCGUGUUGGUAGGCAACAGAAUAGACUGCUACGCUACCCGGACGCCCCUUACUAUGUUUUCUAAGCAGUACAGGGGCCUCCAUAGGUCAAACCACAGUGGAGGCAGUCAGGGUCAUUACGCGACUCCUGUGCUGUGUGUCAGGAAAUAGUUCUCUGCUUUGUUACCUGUGGUGGAUAUUGUGUUGAAGGAGGUCCAUUCAUUUCAAAUUACAGAGUCCAGUUCCAUCGCAUCACUUGUCAAUUUCUUGUUUUCUAACCUUCCUGUUAACCAGUUCUCUAUAACGUUCAUAUGAAGAAAACGUUUCAUUAGUGGAUCAAAAUGUAAAGUUUUAGUACGAUCACUCCACCAGGUUUAUUUAGUCUCACUCCGGAAAAUAUUUGAGCCAGAGUUCAGCACACAGUUAACAUCAGAUACAAAUGUAUUGUGGAUCACAUGUGAUCCUGCUGUUCCACAUUGUGCUUUAAGGAAUUUAUCACAAUGAA